UUUAUACAAUUAUUUUUUGGCUUCUCAACUCCAACCAUUGCUGAUAAAGACAAAAUUCUUAUAUCAUGAACCUUCAGUCAACUCUCAAAUAUCUAAUUUAUUAUCAUCAAAGUUAUUAAACCGUCGAAUGCCUAACCAAAUUUGACAACGCAAACAGUCAAAGUCAGAGAAAGUGUUUAUUUGGCACUUUCCUGGACCUGUUAAUUAAGUUAUUAUAUCAACAUAAAUCCAGGUCUUUAUCUUAAAGUUACGGCUUAAAUAUAAAUACACAGCCAUAUGAAAAAUAAGUGCCCUAAUGAUGUAGAUUUGGAGUAAGAUGAAUGCAUCUCGGAAUGUCGGCAGAAAACGCCUUGGACGGUUGCCUAUCCAGUGUUCAAAAUUAAGUGAGACAAUAAAGCCAAUUGAGAAACAACCAGUCAAGCGAUCUUGUCAGAUUAAUGCCAGUUCCCAUCAAGGAGAAAACAGUAUAGCUAGAAACGUUGGUGGAAGUUCAAAGGUUGGAUGUGAUGUUGACUUGUCAUUCAGCUCUUCAUUUGUCAGUGACCUUGAAAAUGACCCUGGUCUUGCUUCAGCUCUCGACAAACUAGAAAAGGCAUACAGUACUUCUGAUCAGUCCUCUGCAAGUAAUAGUCAUAAGCAAUGUACUGAAAAUAGUACAGCAAAGCUUGUUGAAAAUGCAACAAAAUAUGCAACUAACAGCUGUAAACCUCAAAAUGCUCAUGGAAAAAGACCAGUUAGUAGUAAAAAUUCAUAUUCCAGAGAAAGCCCAGGCACUAGUAGAAAAGAAAUUAUUUGUAAUGUGAAUGGUUCAAUAAAACAAAAUACAAAUCUUUUAGAAUCAGUAAAGACACCACUGCAAAACAAGGGCCAGAAGGAUGCUUUGGAUGAUAAGAAUUUUACCUCUUUUCAUGAUCUAUCAUUUGCAAGCCCAAUUGACAUUUCAACACCUCAGAUAUUUAAGAUAAAUAAGUCUCAAACUAGAAAGCGCAGACCCUCAAGCUCAUCAAAUGUGUCAACAUCACACACUGGGUGUAUAAAAACAAGAAAUAUUUCAAGCACUUCAACACCACUGUCAACUCCAAGAAUAAGUAGACACAAAAAUUCAGCUGGAAAGAUUCGCAAGAAGCAAGUGUUAGCAGGACUAACCCCACCCACCUCUCUAACCGAGAGCAAUGCAAGCCAUCAGAAUAAAAGUGACUUUUUUAAAUCUCUGUGUGUUGAUAAUGACAGUGUUAAUGAAUCUGAGGUAGAUUUAAAACUAAAUUCAGGAGAGCCAAGCAAUGGAAAUGCAGGUAGAAAAGAUAUAACAGUUAAACCUGUAUGUGCCAAUAUAGACACAAACUUACAUGUUGACAUAGAAGAAGAUGGAUCAAACCAAACAAAGGCUGAUGGGAAAGAAAAUCUCGACUCUGGAGCACCUGUUAAAAUUCAACCAAGUCUGGGAUGUGACGAGCUCUCCCUCGGGUCGUGGGGUCUGCCAGCAGCUGUGGUGCAGCAGUAUGAGGGGCGAGGAGUCUCCCACAUGUUCCCCUGGCAAGCCGAGUGUCUCCUUACAGGCAAUGUACUCAGUGGAGGUAACCUGGUAUACUCGGCCCCGACCAGUGCCGGUAAAACCAUGGUAGCCGAGCUGCUCAUGCUCAAACGUGUGCUGGAAACACGCAAGAAGGCCAUCUUCAUUCUCCCAUUUGUGUCGGUUACCAGGGAGAAAAUGUUCUAUUUACAGGAGUUGUACCAGGAUGCAGGUAUCCGGGUAGGUGGGUUUAUGGGUCACCACUCCCCAGCUGGGGGCUUCAGCAAUGUGGAUGUCGCCGUCUGCACCAUUGAAAAGGGGAACAGCCUGAUAAACAGACUCCUGGAGGAAAACAAGCUCCAUCAGCUUGGUAUCCUGGUUGUUGAUGAGUUGCAUCUGAUCGGUGAUGCCCACCGUGGCUAUCUGCUGGAGCUUCUCCUCACCAAGGUCACCUACAUGUGCAGCAGAGCAUCCAACACAGAACAGGGGGCUGAGGAUCUCAAUGUACAACUGGUGGGUAUGAGUGCCACCCUGCCUAACUUGGACCUGCUCGCAGGGUGGCUCCGGGCUGACCUCUAUCGUACUGAUUUCCGGCCGGUACCCCUCACAGAGUGUGUGAAAAUAGGAACCAACCUCUAUGAUUCCAGCAUGAAACUGCUCAGGCAGGUCGAUGUCAAAUAUGCUGUGAAGGGAGACGAUGAUCAUAUAGUUCCCCUGUGUAUUGAGACUGUGAGGGAGGGCCACUCUAUCCUGAUAUUCUGCCCCACAAAGGUCUGGUGUGAGAAACUGGCCGAGACUGUUGCCAGGGAGAUAUACAUGCUGCUCAGGGACCCAACUCGGGCAGUACAUGAACGAGCCCCUGGCCAGGAAUCGGAUGUUCUGGUGCUACCAUUGAACCCACAGUCACUACGUGACACCCUUGAGCAGUUACGUCGUACCCCGGUUGGACUGGACCAGGUCCUUGGGAAAUCUGUUCAGUAUGGUGUCGCUUAUCACCAUGCAGGUCUGACAUUUGAUGAGCGGGACAUUGUGGAGGGUGCUUUCCGGCAGGGGAUCAUCAAGGUGCUGGUUGCUACAUCAACGUUGUCAUCAGGGGUGAAUCUGCCAGCACGGAGGGUCCUUGUUCGUACCCCUGUAUUCCAUGGGCACAUCAUAGACUUCCUCACAUACAAGCAGAUGAUUGGCCGAGCAGGCCGAAAGGGAGUAGAUACUGCUGGUGAGAGUAUUUUGCUGGUGAAGCCGAGUGAGAGAUCUAAAGCUGAGCAGUUAGUUGGAGGAGCCCUGCCACCUGUCCACAGCACUCUAAUCAGGGAUAAAGGAGAGUCGUUGAGUUCGAGUCUUAAGCGUGCCAUUCUGGAGGUGGUGGUGUCCGGUGUGGCGUCGUGCCCACGAGACGUGGAGGUGUAUGCUUCAUGCACACUCUUGGCUGCCUCCCUGCACGGGGAAACAGACCCUUGCAAUGCCAUACAGGAGUGUAUAGACUUCCUUCUUCAGAAUGAGUUUAUCACUGUGCAGAAUGUCACUGAUAUACAUGGUGUAAGUGGAGAGCGUUAUGUGCCAACCCAGCUGGGAGCGGCCGUCCUCUCCUCCUCCAUCUCCCCGGAUGAAGGCCUCGCUGUCUUCUCCGAACUUCAAAAGGCCAGACAGUGCUUCGUUCUUGAGAAUGAACUCCACAUUAUAUACCAGGUAACACCCAUUUAUGCCCAGAUAGAUGGAAUAGAUUGGCUGCAGUACUUCAGUAUGUGGGAGGGGCUGAGCCCGGGCAUGCGACGGGUGGCGGAGCUGGUUGGGGUUAAGGAAUCAUUUCUUGUUAAAGCUAUCCGGGGCCGCAUACCCACCAGCACCCCUGCACAGCUCCGGACCCUUGCUGUACACCGGCGCUUCUAUACCUGCCUUGCUCUACAUGAUCUCGUACAUGAAGUGCCCAUCAAUGAUGUGUGCAAGAAAUACAACUGUAACAAGGGACAGUUGCAGUCCCUACAACAGUCUGGUGCCACAUUUGCGGGCAUGGUGACUGUGUUCUGUGCACGCCUGGGCUGGUCCAACCUGGAGCUGAUCUUGUCCCAGUUCCAGAGUCGACUCACAUUUGGGGUGCAGCGGGAACUUUGUGACCUUGUACGAAUCUCCGCCCUCAAUGGUCAGCGAGCCCGAGUACUCUAUAACGGAGGCUUUCAGACAGUGGCAGCCCUGGCUGGGGCCUCUGCUCCCGAUAUUGAGGCCCUCCUGAAAAAAACUGCUCCCUUCCAAAGUAUGAAGAAACAGGAGAGUGAGACAGCCUGGGAGGCAGAGGAGAGGAGGAAGGCCCACUGCAUCUUCCUCACGGGCCGCAGAGGGGUUACAGAGCUAGAAGCCGCCACCAUCAUCAUCGAUGAGGCCAAACAGAUCAUACAGGAUGAGCUGGGCGGGGUUGGGGUGCAGUGGGGCCCCAAGGGAAAACCCCCCACCCCUAAAGUCAAAACUCCAGUACUUCUCAGUCCUCUCGCAUCUGGAAGUAAAAAGAGGCGAUUUGGUCAACAAGGGAAGGCAUUAUAUGAAAAAAAGCAAAGUCCAAUUAAUAGAGAUACCAGCCUGGGUAAAGCAGACAUAUCUGUGUUGGCCCCACCUGUACUUCAGCUGGCAUCAACUGCCAGGAUAGGGACGACUGGUGGGGAGGGUAAUGGAAACAAGCUUUCAGAGGAGCAACAGGGGGAAGCAGCUGCCAGGCCGGAGCGGGCUGGUGGGGAGGGUAGUGGAAACAAGAUAUCAGAGGAGCAACAGGGGGAAGCAGCGGCCAGGGUGGGGUGGGCUGGUAGGGAGGGUAGUGGAAGCAAUAUAUCAGAGGAGCAACAGGGGGAAGCAGCUGCCAGGAUGGGGCUGACUGGUGGGGAGGGUGGUGGAAACAAGAUAAUAGAGGAGCAACAGGGGGAAGCAGCUGAUAGGCUGGUGCAGGUUGGUAGGGAGGGUGGUGGAAACAAAAUAUCAGAGGAGCAACAGGGGGAAGCAGCUGCCAUGUUGGUGCGGGCUGGUGGGGGAAUCAACAUGACUGAUCAGGGGUCUUGUACUAGUGAACAGGUGGGGCAACAGAGCAUGCAUAGCCGCGGAGACAGUGGAUUGAUGGGCAAAAAUCAUGCUAGUACUCUGAUACCAUAUUUAGGAAAGGAAGUGUUAGGGAAUAAUCAACAUAUUAAUAACAAAAGUGCUGAAUGUGUCCCUGUUUGUGAGCACAUUCAAAAUAAUGAAAAAAAUCUUGUCAGUUGUAAUAGCAGUCAUAAGAAUGGUUUAAAUCCACAUACUGUUGACAGAUCUGUGAUCACUACAAAAGCUGUGAUAGAAUUGGUGUCACAUGACAAAUCUGUUAAGGCAAAAAGUAACAAUAAUCCUGAAUGUGAUAAAAUUCCUGUAGAACAUUUAAAAGAAAAAGUCAUUAAAAAGUUUAACAGCCUUAAAGAUGUCAUACAGGAUUGUGUUGAAGAUAUUAGCUUCUCAACUGCUCUAGAUGAUUUAGAAAGCAACGACGAAUUUUUCCAGAACAUUGAUAUCAAUGAUAAGCUUCCUGUCAGCGAGAGGUCUUGUGAUAAAAUAUCGUGCGGAAAUUCCAGUUCACAGGAGAUUCAGGAAUUAGAGAAGGGUACUGUUGUGUCAAACCCAUCUGGCUUGGAAAACAACAGAAAUGAUAUUAACAUGGAUACUGAGUUUACUGAAAGCUUUGCUGUGGACACCCAGGUUAUGGAUGUUGUUAACAGAGUUGAAAAUAUCUGCAAAGCUGAUAAACAUGUUGUAGACAAUGGUUGUAAACAGAAGACGGAGCGGCCUUAUUCAGAGGCACUGUUUUCAGAUUUGAUGCCGGACGAUAGUUUUGAUAUGAUGGCUAAUGAGCUAAGUCAAAUGCCAGGAAAGGAAAUUAACUCUGUGCCUGUGUCAAACAAUGUACAGACCUCUGAAGGGUCAGAAAAUAAUUCCAUUUUGUAUAGUAGCAGUUCAUUCAAUAAUGGGUUAGAUAUGAACAUAUCACAUGGUUCUACUGAAGACAUGUUCAACAACUCUGUCGGUCUGAUUGCAGCCAGCAACUAUGAAAGGGUGGCCCUUGCUGAUGACUCAAGACUCAGCAGUGCUGCACUUAGCCGCUCGUUUGAGGAUUUGCACAUUCCUUACCAGAGUGGUCAAGAAAAGUGUUUUGAAGGUGGGGAUAAGGGAAACAUUGUUGUAAGAGCCAACAUGUGUACGGAGCUAGGAAAGUCAAAAGGGGAUAUGAUCAAAAAACCACCUGGUCAACAUGGUGCUAAUAUUGAACAAAGAAAUACUGGUAGUAAUAUGGGAAUUCUUGGCCAAUUUUCUAGCCAGAAAGAUACUUCUAUAAAGCACAGUUUAAGUAAAGAAAAAAUACAUGAGGACCUGGCUGUUGUCUUAGCGAUGGGAGAAUCAUUCUCUUCUACUUUUAAUAUGACAGCUGCGAACCAUAAUAAUGAACAGAUAAAUAAUCAAGCCAAUAGUGAGGAUGUAUUUGGUGAUUCUAUGACUGUUUCUAUGAUGGAAAGUGUUGGCUCAAUCAGUGAGCAAAACAUUCCUAAAUCAACUGGUGUCAUUUCCAAUAAUAAGCUACAUUCUACUAAAGAAAAUGAACAGAAAGAAAUGAAGUUAAGUAAACUGGAUACGAAAGAUGGGAGUGAAUUUGUUACACCAAGCAGGAGGCCAAGGAAGAGAGCAAGUCUUAGCUCCUGUAGUGGUAAGAAAAGUUCCAAGAUUCAGAAAAUGAAGGAUGACAAUUACACAACACCUGUAAAAGCCCCUUCCAAUAAUGAGUCAGAGAAAAUAGUUUACAACAAAAGCAUACAAUCAAAAAGAAAGAAAAAUGAUUCUGAAGUCUCAAAUAGUGAAACUGUAUGUUCAGCUUCCAGUAGUAAAAGCCCUGGAGGGGAUAUGAACACAAGCACAGGGAGUGACUAUGUGCCCCCAACUCCACCAGAUGAGGCACCAACAGGUGUACCAGGUGUUGGGAGAUCACCCGCAAACACACCCAGAAAACUGCAAGGGGCAACAUUCAGCCCAAGGCUUAAACGAAGUCUUAUUGCUACUACAAGCAAAUUGUCAGGCACUACAAUUGGUAAUUUUAGCUUGAAGAAGAGAGAAUUACUAAAAAAUGUAUCUCAAAGCAGAUCUUCCAAUAAAGGCUCUUCAAAGAUUAUGUCUGAUCGUAAUGGUAAUAAUAAGGUUGUAAGAAAAUUAACAGAAACACAAACGAGAAAUAAAAGGUCACAAAGUGAAGGCCUCAAUAGAACAAAUGAUGCAAAGUUUAUUUUUGGGCCUGGGAAAACACCUGUAACAGAGUUACAAACAGAAGGGGGAAUCUACAAUGAUAAAGAUGUAAACAAUAUAGAAGACGACCAUAUAGAGGUGUUAAAUGAAGUUGAUGAAAAUGAUGACAAGUUGUCUCCGUCGUUCAUAGACCCAGAUAUGUCGGGUGUGCCUCUUACCCAGCAGUCAUUCUCAAUAAUAGAUGUGUGUGGGGAUAAGAGACUGUUUAAGAUGUUUAUCAUGGAGUGGAGAACCAAGUCAAGGUAUGCUGUGUCCCUCGCCUGUGAGAAACUGCACACAGAAAAUACAGGGACGGCCAUAGGGGCAAACUUCAGGAAAGAUGUAGGAUCUACAUACACGGACCAGGGUGGUAUCCCACUAGAGCAGGAGGGGCUGUGUAUAGUCGGCAUUGCUGUUUCCUGGGAUAACAGAGAUGCUUACUAUGUGUCCUUUACCCAACAACAACCUCAGGGAGACCCAGAUGACAGCCUGGCCCCGCCCCCGAUUGACAAAGACAUAAGUUUCGCUAUCCGUGUGAAGGCCGUCAAAUCUGUGCUGCAGCAGGCCACAUGCCAGUCAGAGCCUGUCACUAUUCUCAUGUUUGAUGUCAAAACUCAGUACAGGGCCCUUGUAGAAGGUUGUGGGUUUCAUCCAAAGGGUAGGUUUGAGGAUCCGAAGAUUGCCUGCUGGAUUUUAGACCCUGGAGCCAAGGAGAAAAACCUGCACAGAAUGGUCACCAAUUUCCUACCAUCCGAGGUCCAUAUGAUUCAUGGUAUAGGAGGGGGUAUAGGUGUGGGUAGCCUGGGUAUGAGCCCCGCCAAUCCCGGGUCUGGUCGGUACCGGGCCACGACGGAGGCAGUCCUGGUGCGGCACCUGGCCAUGUACUUCCAGGCCUGCCUUGAGAAGGAAGGGACACUGGACACAUACACACAGGUAGAGAUGUCUGCAGCUGUCACGCUUUGUAGGAUGGAGCUAAAUGGCUUUGGUUUCAGUCAGGAGGAGAGUGAGCGCCAGAAGAGCGUGAUGUUGUCCAAGUUGUCUGCCCUUGAACAGCAGGUGUACCAAAUGGCUGGCCAUCCAUUUUCCCUGUCGGCCACUGAGGAUGUAGCUCAGGUUUUGUUCAUUGAGCUUAAGCUACCUCCAAAUGGUGAUCCCAGUUCCAUACAACGACCUCUGGGAGCCCAUGGGCGGAGAGGUGGGCCCAGGGGUGGGACGGGAAGGCCCCAGUACAGCACCUCGAAGGACAUACUGGAGAAGUUGAGAAAACUGCACCCCUUGCCGGGCCUCAUUCUGGAGUGGAGGAGAAUCACUAAUGCCCUCACUAAGACUGUGUUCCCCCUUCAGAGGGAGAAGGUGCGCUGUGAUUGGCUGGACAUGGAGCGUAUCUAUGGUGACUGCCAGCUACACACGGCAACAGGCAGGGUGAGCAUGACUGAACCAAACCUGCAGAAUGUUCCUAAGGACUUUGACAUCAUGCUACCAGAUAUUAUAGGAGAGAGUCCCCCACCCCACAUGUCUGCCAGUGAGAGGCGAAUGACUCGAGCGAGGAGAAGACAGGGCCAAGGUGAAGGUCAGGUCUCUGUGGUAACCGGUGACGGGGCAGGAGGAACGUUUUCUGUCAGCAUGAGGCAUGCUUUUGUGCCCUUCAAAGACGGAAUGUUGCUCGCAGCAGACUACUCACAGCUGGAGUUGCGGAUGAUUGCCCACCUGUCAUGUGACCAGAAACUCAUCCGAGUUCUCAAUGAGGAUGGAGAUGUGUUCAAACUAAUCACUGCACAGUGGAAAAACAUAUCCCCAGACGAGGUUACAGCAGACCAGAGGGCUCAGGCAAAACAGGUGUGCUAUGGUAUGAUCUAUGGUAUCGGAGCUAAGGCCUUGGGUGAACAGCUGGAGGUGGAAGAAAAUGAUGCUGCUGUCUUCAUAGAGACGUUCAAGGCUAGAUAUCCAGUUAUGAGGGCAUACCUAAGGCAGACGGUGGACCAGUGUCGUAUGGACGGAUUUGUGAAGACAAUUCUUGGUCGAAAGCGUUACUUGCCUGGCAUUACCAGCACACAACCUCAUGCCCGGGCACAGGCGGAAAGGCAGGCAGUUAACACAACUGUGCAGGGCUCUGCGGCCGACCUUGUAAAAACCGCCAUGGUCAGGAUAGAUGACAGGCUGGCCAAGAUGUUCCCCGCCACCCAGUACACACACAGACAUAAACUACCAGGGAAGCACCCAUCCAGGCAGAAGUGCCCACCAGCGGGCGGGUACCUCGUACUGCAGCUUCAUGAUGAGCUCAUUUACGAAGUUUCUUCCGAGCACAUGGCCGACCUUGCACGCGUCGUCAAACAGUGCAUGGAGAACACCAUGGAAUUGUCUGUCCGCAUGCCGGUCAAGAUCAAGGUCGGAGCCAGCUGGGGAAAACUCCAAGACUAUACCGCAUAGUGAACUUGUACUCAUAACUGACCAAAGAACAUGAGUGCACUCAAAUUGAUUAGAAAGUACAUGGAUGUUAAAGAAGGCACUGGCUUAGAAAUAAUGCAAGUGUAGAAGUUGAAAGUAUUUGUUCUAUCAAUGUGUAAGGUUGAUAAAUUGUUCAUAAACAACAGGGGGCUGCUUCAAUAUCAAAAUAUUUAGUCAUAAAUUGAAAUUAUCUUGAGUGCCAUAGUUUCAUUAUUUUGCUACAUAUUUGUGUGAAUUGAACUUGAACCAGCAUUGAAAAUGACCAUGAAGUUGAGGCAAUUGAUAUAUUGCCAUUCGUGAUAUUUAUACAGAUGUAAGAAAUUGAAGAGUUAAGACUAAAAUCCUUUUUUGAAGCUGCCUCCUGACUGGUAUUGCUACCUACUUUACUGCCCUAUUAUUUACAUAUUUACAAAUGUUCUGUGUUGUGCAAUAUAUUUUUAAAAUUGCUUAAAUCAAUGAAAUUUAUAUACAUGUUUGUUUAUCUGAUUGAUUUCUUGUGCAAAGUGCAACAUGUGACAAAUGCCAUAAGUCUUUCACUUAUAAAUUAUUAUUGUUUUUGAACUAGGGUAUUCUGUUCAUUCCUUCAUGAAAUUGUUUAUACUUAAAACAUCGAUUCUAUUUUGUUGAUUUUUCAUUAUUUUUAUGACUAGUUACAUUUCAUUUUAUGAUUGUUGAAAUUAAAAACUUGUUUAAUACCUGCAGAGCAUAAUAGACUGGAACAAAAUAAUUUAGUAUUAUUUCAGUGACCGGCAGCCAACGUAUAAAGUAAAAGUUUGAUAAGUUGUCCACAGGUUAUCUAUUGGCUAGUUGACUCAUCAAAACAAUUUGAUUGGUUAGCAGUUAAUAUUAAAUAAAUAUAGACCAAUCAAUAAACAUUUUGGUUAACUUUGACCACACUAAAACUGGUUUAAAUACAAUGACCAUUUAAAUAUUAAGAUCUUGGACAUAAAUUGAAAUCAUCUUAGUUUCAUAUUUAUUUAAGGAAGUGUAGCA